GGAGAUCAUCUCAAAUCCAUGUCUACUUUGGAUUUGCUUUCCGGACAAGUCACCGCAUCCAAAUCAGUUAAUGGAAACAUAUUGUUGGUCAAGCGAAUCCAUGGAUUAGUAAACACAGUGAGUUGGGGGAUUCUCAUGCCUAUUGGAGUUAUGGCAGCACGUUACAUGAAGACCUACGAAACAUUAGAUCCCACAUGGUUCUACGUACACGUCGUGUGUCAACUCACCGGAUACUUGGCCGGUCUUCUCGGAGGCCUUGGAACAGCGAUCUACAUGGCAUUGCAUACCGGGAUGAGAAGCACUGCGCAUACCGUGAUAGGGAUUUUAAUAUUCUGUUUAGGGUUCUUGCAGAUACUUGCGCUCAAAGCAAGACCGGGUAAAGACCACAAAUACAGAACAUACUGGAACUGGUAUCAUCACACGGUGGGAUAUGUGGUGGUUGUGCUAAGCGUGUACAACAUAUACAAAGGUUUUGUUAUAUUGCAACCUGGAAGUGGAUGGAAGAUCGCAUACACUGCUAUCAUUUGUGCUAUUGGAGCGUUUGCAAUUGUGAUGGAGAUCUUGCAGUUCAAGAAGAGAUGGGGUAGCUUGUUUGUGAAGAAAUCGGAAGACCUACAAGAAGCUAAUCAAAGUGCUUUUAAGAAGGAGAUUUUGAAGUUUAUGAACAGAUGGG